GAACUUGAAGAGAGGACACGUCCUCUGUUGCCAUUGGAGGACAGGACUUCAGGGCGCUUUGUCCUGCUUGGUCAGUGGUUUUGACAUCUGUUCCUAGCUUGUCUGAGCCUGCUUGGUUAAGCCGCAUUAGUUGCACACCGUGCGCCUUACCAUGGAGGCUGUUCAAGGACAUUGUUCGUCAGCCUGCAUGCAAUCCGUGCGCUUUGGCAACAGGCCUUCCUUUUCCUCGUCAAUCCACUUCAACGCUUUCUUCAAAGCCUCGCAAAAGACGCGCUUCUCUUCUCAGAAAGCUUUGCUGUUCCAGGCGGGUAGAUUGCUGGAAACGCCGCAGAAAAGAAGGGAUCAGACGUUUUAUUCGUCAUUAGAAAGCAGAGAAUGUGCCACAAAUGUGUUGUUGAGCAAUGCUGCGGGCAAACCUGCUUCAUUUGGAGCUCCUGCUUCUUGCGCAACAAGGCGCCGCCUUCGAACACUCAGAGUUGGACCUGACACACUGACCCGCUUCGGCGAGUCUGAGGAGACCGAAGACUCGGGAUCAGAGGACAAUGAAGGUGUGGAGGAAUGGUGGCAAGACUCCGGCGCUAGCGGGAGAGCGCCAGAUGUCAAUCCCCAGUUCGCCAGAGCGGUGGCGCCAGCCGAUGAUGAGUUUACAGACUUGGCGGAACGCCCUGCUGCCGAAUCCCGCUGGGAUAGAGAAGCUGAUGACGAGUUGUCGGAAGGUUACUCUUCAGACGAGGAAGAUUUUGACAGUGGUGAACCGCCUAGUGCAGCACUGACUGUAUUGGGGGAAGGCCCGCUGGGGGAGAGCUCGGAUCAGGAGGGGUUAAGGGAGGGGUUAGGGGAGGGUUUAGAGGAGGAGUGGCAGGAGAACCGGAUGGUGGACAGGGUUUGGGAGUUGAUUGAGAGGGUGCAAGCGGGAGACGAGGAGACGGUGAAGCUAGCGGACAUUAAGGCGAUCUUUGGCUUUCCAAUCGACAAGUUUCAGAGGCUCGCCAUCCAAGCAUUCCUCGAAGGCCGCUCCGUCGUCUGCUGCGCCCCCACGGGGAGCGGCAAAACGCUGAUUGCGGAAGCGGCCGCCGCGGCGGUCCUCGCACGUGGCAAACGGAUCUUGUACACAACGCCCCUUAAGGCGCUGUCCAAUCAGAAGCUCCGAGACUUCCGAGACAAGUUCGGAGAGGAAAACGUCGGUCUAGUCACUGGGGACGCGUCUGUGAAUCGAGAGGCGCCGAUCCUGGUGAUGACGACCGAGAUCCUGCGGAACAUGCUGUACUCGAGCGUGGGGGCGCCGGAAGGGUUCUCCAAUAAGCUGACAAAUGUGGAGGCGGUCAUUUUGGACGAGGUGCACUAUUUGAGCGACAUCUCGCGCGGCACCGUGUGGGAGGAGACCAUCAUCUACUGCCCCCCGGAGGUCCGCCUCGUGUGCCUUUCUGCGACGGUGGCCAACGCAGAAGAGCUCGCAGACUGGAUCGCGCAGGUCCACGGCCCCACCGAACUGGUCACCUCGACCCGCCGCCCAGUGCCGCUGACGUGGCACUUCUCCACUCGCAACCGGCUCGCCCCCCUGCUCAACGAAACCGGGACCGCCAUCAACCCGCGGUUGGUACCGUCCCGAAACGGGCGCCUCGGGGAGGGGGGCUGGGACGAAGACUCGGAGUUUCCGGAACCGAGGGGGUAUAGAAAAGCGCUGAGGGGGGGGAAUGGCCAAGUAAGCUUCCGGGGAAAGGGGGGCCGAUUUCGGGGCCGACAAAUGGAGGAAGAGGAUGAGAAGGACCUGCGGCGGCGCCAGAUUCCGAUGCUCCGGGACACGCUCGCGCAGCUCUACGAGCGCGACAUGCUGCCGGCCAUUUGGUUCAUCUUCUCUCGCAAGGGGUGCGACCAAGCCGUCGCAAAGCUCAAGGAAGCGGCGCUUCUGACCCCCCCGGAAGAGGAACAAGUUCGGACGGCGGUGGACGAGUUCCGGGCCAAGUAUCCGGACGCCGUUCGGGAGCACGCGGUGGGGCCGCUCUACCGGGGGCUCGCUGCGCACCAUGCAGGCUGUCUCCCUUUGUGGAAAAGCUUUGUAGAGGAACUCUUCCAGCGCGGCCUGAUCAAGGUGGUCUUCGCGACGGAGACUCUGGCGGCCGGCAUCAACAUGCCCGCACGCACGACGGUGCUUUCGUCGCUCUCGAAGCGGGGGGACAACGGAAUCUCGCUGCUGACGUCAAACGCCAUGCUGCAAAUGGCGGGGCGAGCGGGGCGGCGCGGGAUUGACACCAAGGGGAACGUGGUUAUCGUGCAAACCCCGUUCGAGGACGCGGAGGCCUGCACGCAGCUCCUCUUCGCCGGCUCCGAUCCGCUCGUCUCCCAGUUCAAGGCCACCUACGGAAUGGCGCUCAACCUGCUCCAGGGGGCGUCGGUCCCCGUGGAUGACGUCAUCGACGAGGAUGACGUCAUCGAGGACGUGCGCGAGCAGCGGUACGUGCGCGUGGGGCGGACGCUCGACGAGGCGCGCGAGCUGGUGGAGCGGAGCUUCGGGAACUACGUGGGGAGCGAGGUUAUGGUGGUCGCUAACCGGCAGCUGGCCAAGUUGGAGGAAGACCUGGAGCGGCUGGAGGACCAGAAGGCCGCGUUCAGCGCAUUUGAUGGGGAACCCACCUUAGAAAACCGGCUGCCCAGUGUAGAUCCGGCAGACUGGGAGGCGCUCAUCUGGUGGAAGGAGCGGUUGAAAGCGGAGAAGCGCAAGAAGCGCGCUCUGCAGGCGCAGCUCAACGAGGCGCGCGCCGCGCACGUCCUCCCCUCCCUCAAAAAGCCCUGGAUCCGCCCCCCCGUUGUGUGCAUAGAAUGGGCCGAAGGCUCCGCUGGGCUCAAGAGCAUCUCCGCCCUUCUGGUCGAUACCGUUCCCCGACCCUACUUUCUCGACAACCGCGAGAACGAGGAAGAGGGCCCGGAUGACGACAUGGAUGACGACAUCGAGGGCGGGGGAUCCCCCCGGGCAUCCCCCUUGUUGGAUCGGAUCCGAGGGGAGGCGGGGCUCGAGACCGGGUUCGACGACGAGUUUGCUGGCGGGGAUAGGGACGGGUUUGAGGAAGAUGGAAUGGGGUUAAGCGACGGGUUUGGCGAGGUUAGGGUUGAUUCUGACGACCAGGGAAGAAGGGAGGACUCCAGUGAUGACGAGUAUGACGGAAGCUACCAGAAAACCGGCCCGCACCACGUGUUCGACCGGGCGCUCGCGGAGGGUUACGAAACCGGGUUAAGCGCAACCGAGCGCGCCGCGAGCGGCCAGCUGGCGUCCACGAGCGAAGCCACGUGGCAGCCGUCCAAGCCGGACAGUUACUACCUGUGCCUGGGUUCGGAUAAUAGUUGGUAUGUCGUAAGCAACCGGGCGAUCACGAGCGUUCAUCCGGGGCCGAAAGGGGAGUCGCCGCUGGAGCCCGGGGAAGACCCCCGGGGGGUGCUGAAGGCGCGGUUGAAGGCGGCGGGGAGCCAGAACUGGGUCAACUUGGGCGGGUCCAAAGUGGACGUCUGGGCCACCGAGGGCGCCAUCGAGACGUGGACCUGGACCGUCCAGCUCCCGACCCCCGACUCUCUCCGCCCCGCUUGGACCGCCAGUCCUGCGGUCGUCGCGGCCUGGGAACGCUUGGAAGCACAAAAGAAGGUUACGGCCAAGGUUAGGAAGAUGGUUAGCACAACCCCCGCGUUCCGGGAAUUGCGGUUAGUGAAGGCGGCGCAGGCGAAGCUGGGCGCGCAGACGGACAGGCUGGAGCACAAGGCGGCGCGGCUGCGGCAGCGGAUUGCGAGCAUCGAGCCGAGCGGGUGGAAGGAGUUUGUGCGCGUGGUGCAGGUGCUCUGCCAGGCGACCGCCAUCGAGCAGCCCUACUCUGCGCUGGUCGCCGAGAACCAGACCGCCCGGCUGACUCCCUUGGGCGAGCUCGCGGCCGCCGUGCGCGGCAGCAACGAGCUGUUUCUAGCCAUGGUGUUUUCGGACCCGGAAGUUGCAAAUCUGACUACCGAGCAGAUUGCGGCGGUGGCGGCGGCUGUCGGGGCGGCGGAAGACCGGAAGCGCUCAAGCAGUGACGGCUUGUACCAAAGCCCCUCCAAGGACGUCCUCCUGUGGAUGGACCGCGUCGAAGCGACGCGCGCCCACCUGUCCGAGCUCCAGGACGCUUCGGGCGUCCAAAUACCCACAGACAUCGACCUUGCGGUCGCCGGAUUAGCAGAGGCCUGGGCCUCCGGAGUCACCUGGAAGGAGCUGUUGGAGGACGUCCGAGUAGACGAAGGCGACAUUGCCCGGCUGCUACGACGGACGAUCGACCUCCUGGCGCAGGUGCCGUUUUGGCCGCACGUGUCGAAGCAGGUGAAAAGGGCAGCGCAAAGCGCAGCUAAGGUGAUGGACCGGCCGCCCAUCAGCGAAUUGAUAGGGUAAUCUGCAGUGGACGGCAAGAAUGGGCCGGUCGCUGGAAGCCGAAGACCGCGGUGCAGGGCUCAGCUGGAUCACGCUUGGCACCACUGAGAUUGAAGUCGUUAUCAUGCGAUACGCUGUCAAAGGUGUGAGUUCCAAAGAAAUGAUGCCGUUGUGGCAAUCACAAGAGUCACGAGUUGCGCAAAAGUUGCCGCGAAUGGGGAAGCACAACGAAGCGGCAUGCAUGUGAAAAGAUGGACUCCAAGCAAUUAGUGUGGUCCGGUGCCGUCAAGUGCAUGCGACUGCUAAUAUAUAGGGCAGUGGCACUCCAUUCUGAUUCAACGAAAGCGCGAUGGCGGUGCUCUGACCAUUGUUCACGUGCGGCGGUCUCAUUGCGGUCAUUGAGGUUUGGUAGCGAGAGACGGUCUUCUCAAACUAGAAUUUACGAUUUAAAACCCCUGUGAGGUAGCAGCUGUGACUUCAACGUAUCGUCAAUAGAUGAUGCCAACGCCUGGACGCAAUUCCCGGAGUGCCACGAUCAGCUAGGCUCUGGUGCUGUUGCUGUGCUGAAAGAUGCACGAUUGCACUAGGGCGGUUUGUCGGAUGGAUAAUCAGGCCAGCUAUGGACCGGC